CAAACAAACCAAAGGACGCAGAAUGUUGGGCUACACUCAUGCCAAAGCCGCAUGCUAAAGUAGACGUCGAAGUUGGCUUAGGCGCUUGGCAGCACCGGACCUUGUACACUUUCGUAGCGAUACUUACUAGCUGGAUUCGACGUCGAGAGUAUCGGCAAGAGCUAUUCCGUAAGAACCGGAGGUUGAAUUAUGCGAUGACCUGGCUGUGUACCUCUUCAAAGAUGAACACGAAGGAGACAUUCAAUCAAAAUCCAGGCGCAGGCUCGUCGUGGAAUUAUUGCGCAUUACAUGCUUACGACUUGACGUUGCUCUUCGCUUUUGAGAGACACGUACCGGAUGCCGCGCGCAGCGUGCUUCUACGUCGCGGCAAAGCCUUGUCAAGGCUUAGUCAGAGGCGGUCACUGGCGGGCUGAUCGCAGCGCGUGACGGUUGUAGAGGCUGAUGGUGGCCCCACGGUUCAAAGCAUGGCUUCACGCCAUCCCAAA